GCGUUGCCAGACAUCCGGGUCUUGGGAAUUACGGCAACACCGCAUGCUAAACCAAUUGUUGAAUUAGAAUUUAAUUGGAAAUCAGCUGAUAAACAUGGCCUCCACGGGACUCCUGGUCGUGUCCAAUAUCAAGCACCUGGGCAAGUCCCUGCGUGCCAUUGAGAAGUACGUGAAUUCGCUAUACAUUCACCUGAAUGUGACGGCGGGGUCAACGUCCACAUCGUCCACAGCUCCGCCGCCUCCGGUUUGGGGUCGCCUUAUUUCCCAGCUGUACGCAAACAGCAGCAGUUACGUGGGCAACCAGUUGGACCUGCGAGUGCUCGUUUCCCCUCUUCGUCCAGGCGUCUGUGGAGCCCCCAAGCUUCGUCAGCCCGUGGACUUAUUGUUUUCGGAUGCUCACCACCCGGAGCUAUGCGAACGCCUGCGGGCAGAACUUAACAUUUCCAAACCCACUAUCUUUCUGGAGGACACGCCCAGCUCCGACUUGAGCGGCCAUGAGGACACCACGCAGGCUCCCAAGGUGUAUCCGUCGGUUGUCCUGGGCGGCACCUUUGACCGCAUCCAUUUGGGGCACAAGAUAUUCCUCACGCAGGCGGUUUUGCGCGCCUGCAAGCGGCUCGUGGUGGGCGUGACAACCUCAGCCAUGACGAAGGGCAAGACGCUGCCGGACUUGAUUUUGCCCGUGGAUGAGCGUAUUUCCCGGCUCCGGGAGUUCCUCACGGACAUCGACAGCACGCUGCAAUACGAGAUUGUGCCCAUCGACGAUCCCUUCGGGCCCACCCAGGUGGAUCCUGACCUGGAUUUGAUUGUAGUCAGUGCGGAAACCCUGCGAGGUGGGCAAAAGGUCAACGAAAUACGAAAGGCGAAAAAUCUGGGACAGCUGGAGAUAUUCGUGAUUGACAUUGUCGAGAGCAAUGUGCACGACGGCAUCCACGAGACGAAGGUCAGCUCAAGUAACACCCGCAUUGACCUACUUGGCAGCCGCUGGCGUAGGCCCGAGCCACGGCCUUACCUUCCAGCGCAUCCUCACAUCAUCGGUCUAAGGGGCAUUGCCUCGGGCAAAAGCAAGAUGGCAGAGAGGCUGGGCUCCAUGGGCGCCAAGGUCAUCGACUGCGACAAGGUAGCCCACGAUGUCUACGAGCCAGGACAGCUUUGCUACAAACGGAUCGUUGAACAUUUCGGAGUGGCCAUUUUGUCGCCUGACGGCCGCAUUGAUCGCGCCAAGCUGGGGCCCCUGGUCUUUGCCGAUCCCAAGGAACUGCAGGCACUCAACGACAUUGUCUGGCCGGAACUUAUCGCUGAGGUCAACCGAAGACUAGACGUCCUGCGUUCCCAGGCUGAUGUGCCACGCGUGGUGGUCCUGGAGGCCGCGGUGCUGCUGCGCGCUGGCUGGGAGACCAACUGUCACGAGGUGUGGUCCAUGAUUGUACCGCCGGAGGAAGCCGUUCGACGGAUUGUCGAGCGCAACAAAUUCAGCGAGGACGAAGCCAGGAAGCGGCUGGCCAGCCAGGUGCCCAACCAGGAGAUCGUGGCCAAGUCUCACGUGAUAUUCAGCUCGCAGUGGGAUCAUGACUUUACUCAGAAGCAGGCGGAGAGAGCGUGGAAGAUGCUCUCCGCGGAACUGGAGGCGACGCAGAAUAGUCGUCUUUAGAGCGGAUCGAUAUUUCAAUUGUUAAUCCUUUUUAUGUAUUUUGUUGUACAUUGCUUAGUUUUAAGUCGAAAGUUGAAGAGAAGAUUGCCGGGACAUAA